ACGGGCUGUAAGCUAGUUAUCUCUACGUGUAACGUUAACGUCAUCAAAAAUGGAACCGUAAAAAUCACAGAAUUUUACCCGAAAACGAAAAGUAUUUUUUAUUAUUACAUAUUCUCGUUUUAUUCUAGUGGUGUUUUGGUAAUAAGGAUUGACGAACAUGGCGUUCUCACGGAUUAUUUGGCUCGUAGCACUAGCUGUGACGGUCGACGCUACGCUUUACGACGAUGACUACGACACCUACACAAAAGCUUACGACUACAAAAAUGCAGAGAGUCGCACUUGCACGCAGUCAGAGUUCCGCUGCAAGACAGGAAGAUGUAUCCCGCUGUCCUGGCACUGCGACAAUGAAAAAGAUUGCCCUGAUGGUUCAGACGAGGAGCCCGGCACGUGCAUGUCAGAAAGGCGUUGUCCUGAGCACAAAUUCGUGUGCACAACUGGACAGUGCAUUCCGCUCUCUUGGCAAUGUGAUGAUGUGGCUGACUGUGUCGACGGUUCAGACGAACACCAGUGCGAUGAGACGUGUCGUUCGGACGAGUUUACUUGCGGCAACGGCAAGUGCAUUCAAUUGCGAUGGGUGUGCGACGGCGAUGACGACUGCGGUGAUGACAGCGAUGAAGUCAAGUGUCCAGCACCGACUUGCCAGCCACAGACGCACUUCUCUUGCGGAAACGGACACUGCAUAUCAGCCUGGUGGAGGUGUGAUGGUACUGAAGACUGUCCCGAUGGAAGCGAUGAAGUGGGAUGCUCAGCAACGCCAAAGGUACGAUCACCUUGCAUAUCAUCUGAAUUUGAAUGCAAGGACCGAAUGACUUGCGUCCACAAGGCCUGGGUUUGCGACGGUGACCGUGACUGUCCUGAUGGCGGAGACGAAGAUCCUCAGCUGUGUCGCGGCAACGUCACCUGCAGACUAGACCAGUACCAGUGCAAGGACCAUAGUUGUAUCCCUGGAGCGCUGUACUGUAAUGGAGACAAAGAUUGCCCAGACGGCAGCGAUGAGGCGAACUGCACAACUAAAAAGACAGUUUGCGACAAAACGACUCAGUUCGACUGCGGCGGCGGCAUGUGCAUACCCCUUUCCAAACUUUGCGAUAAACACCCAGAUUGUCCCAACUUUGAAGACGAACCGAGAGACAGGUGUGGAGAAAACGAAUGCGCGAAGAACAAUGGAGGAUGUACUCAGCUAUGUGUCGACACUCCUGUUGGAUACUACUGUGAUUGUAAUAAAGGAUUCAAACUUGUGGAUAAUAGGACUUGUGAAGAUGUAGAUGAAUGUUCCGACCCAGGCGCAUGCUCCCAAAUGUGCAUCAACGAGAAAGGAACCUUCAAGUGCGAGUGCCACGCUGGUUAUGCUCGUGACCCUCGGGACCGCACCAGGUGCAAGGCGACCGAAGGCCAUCCAUCAUUACUUUUCGCCAGACGUUUUGACAUCCGCAAAAUCAGCCUAGAUCACCAUGAAAUGGUCGCUAUAGUUAAUGAUACCAAGUCAGCGACGGCAUUAGACUAUGUGUUCAGAACCGGAAUGAUCUUUUGGAGUGAUGUUACUGAUGAGAAAAUAUACAAGGCACCAAUAGACGAGGGUACACAGCGGACCGUGGUGAUUGGAGACCAGCUGAUUACUUCAGACGGGCUCGCAGUUGACUGGAUCUACAACCAUCUGUACUGGACUGACACCGGCAAGAACCACAUCGAACUCUCUGAUCUACAGGGCAACAUGAGGAAGAUCCUAAUUAGGGAUCAACUAGAAGAACCUAGGGCAAUUGCUCUUAAUCCUCUCGACGGAUGGAUGUAUUGGACCGACUGGGGCCAGGUGCCGAAGAUCGAGCGAGCUGGUAUGGACGGUUCUCACAGGCAGACUAUCGUAUCUCAUGACGUCAAAUGGCCGAACGGCCUUACACUGGACCUUGUGCGCAAACGUGUUUAUUGGGUGGAUGCCAAAAUGAACAUGAUAUCAUCAUGUAACUACGACGGCACCGGGCGCAGGGUGAUCUUAUACUCUACAGACGUGUUACGUCAUCCAUUCUCCAUCACUACCUUUGAAGACUGGGUGUACUGGACCGAUUGGGACAAGGCUGCUGUUUACCGCGCGAACAAGUUCAACGGAAAAGAUAUUGAAGCUAUCACUCCUACUCAUAAUCUCCAAAACCCGAUGGUGAUCCACGUAUACCACCCGUACCGCCAACCGGACGGCGUGAACCACUGCGCGGCUGUCAACGGUCACUGCUCCCAUCUCUGCCUGCCGGCGCCCCGCAUCGCCGCCAACGCACCACGUGUCUCCUGCGCCUGCCCCAACGGACUCAGACUCUUGCCCGACAACCAGAUGUGCGUCGAAGACAAUGCAAUAAAACCAGAUGUGGAGGUGCAUAAUAAACCGACUAUUGGUUCAAAUGAAACUGUAGUAAUCGAGGAAAAACCUGUAACCAGUAUCCCUGAAACUCCAAAGACUGGUACAGGAAUCUCAAGUAGCGGCCGCGAUGCCGGCAUGGUAGCAGGCAUUGUCGUGGCUGUGAUCUCAGGAAUCAUUAUAUUGGCGGGACUG